AUGAGCGAUAAGAUCCACUCAUGGAAUGUCGUCCACAAGCUCGAGAAGCGAAAGCUUCUCGUUGCUAUUAAUUCUGUGGCCGCUCUGUCGAUCCUAUUCUUCGGGUACGACCAAGGUUUAAUGGGUGGUGUUAACAAUGCAAAGAAUUACAUCGACCUGAUGGGGUUCGGUUAUACCGAGACAGUGGACGGAACCCCCAACACCCCGGUGGUGACGAACAGCCUGCUCCAGGGAGGCAUUGUCUCCGUCUACUAUUUGGGAACACUGUUCGGAGCGUUGUUUGGUGGCUGGCUCGGUGAUCGCAUUGGCCGGAUCAAGGCGAUUGCUGCUGGAGCACUCUGGGCCAUCCUGGGGGCCUCCCUCCAGUGCUCAGCUCAGAACCACGACUGGAUGAUAUGCGCACGUUUAAUCAACGGCAUUGGGACUGGUAUUCUAAAUGCCAUCAUCCCGGUGUGGGCAACGGAAACGAGUGAACACACAUCACGAGGUCAAUUUAUUGCCAUCGAGUUUACCCUGAACAUCUUUGGUGUCGUCAUUGCGUACUGGAUGGAAUUUGGUCUGUCUUUCGUGGAUGGAGGUGUUUCUGCCAUUCGCUGGAGAUUCCCCAUCGCGUUCCAGAUCAUCCUCCUCCUCUUGCUAUUUGCCGUUGUGUGGUUCUUCCCAGAAUCCCCUCGUUGGCUGGUCAAGGUGGGCCGGGAGGAAGAAGCUCGAUACAUCUUGGGUUGCCUUCGUGGCAACGAAGGGGAAGAUCGAGUUCGGGCCGAUUCCGAGUUCCGGGAUAUCCUGAAUAUUGCAGAGUUGGAGAAGUCAAUCUCCCACAACCAUUCCUACCUGGCCAUGCUGUUUGGUUACAAGUCGGGAAAGCUGCAUCUUGGUCGCCGGGUACAGCUUGUGAUUUGGCUGCAGAUCAUGCAGGAAUGGGUCGGUAUUGCUGGUGUUACAAUUUAUGCACCCACCAUUUUCCGCAUUGCAGGAUUUAACGCUGUGAAGAGUCAGUGGAUUAGUGGAUUGAACAAUAUUUUCUAUAUGUUUGCCACUCUGAUCUGCGUCUUUACUCUUGAUCGCAUUGGCCGUAGAUGGACUCUUUACUGGGGGUCCGUAGCACAAGGCAUUGCCAUGUUCCUUGCAGGUGGCUUCUCUCGCCUUGGCAUUAAUGCUACUGAAGCGGGUGACACGGCCAAGGCGUCACAGUAUGGAGCUGCUGCUGCUUCCAUGGUCUUUAUCUUUACUUCAGUUUUCGGUGCCACGUGGUUGACAGUACCUUGGCUGUACCCUGCCGAAAUCUUCCCUCUGGCGGUUCGUGCGCGAGGCAAUGCCUGGGGUGUCGUGGGUUGGAGUAUUGGAAAUGGCUGGCUGACGCUUCUGUGCCCAGUCAUGUUCGGAGCGAUUGGCGAGAAGACCCUCUACAUAUUCGGCAUUGCCAACGCCAUUACCAUCCCCAUGGUCUGGGCCUUGUACCCGGAGAGUAACCAGCGGACGCUGGAGGAUAUGGAUCUGCUAUUCGCGGCGGAUUCCGUGUGGAACUGGGACGCGGAACGCACGUUUGCUCGGCUGAAAGCCGAGAACCCAGAUCUCGUCCAGGGGGGCAGUCGCAAGAACAGCGUCGUGGACCCUGAGACGGGCAAGCCGUUGCGUGGAGACGCGCCGAUGACUUUGGAGACGGCAGAGGAGAAGACCUCGGCCAGACAUAACGAGUCAUGA